CUAGCGAGAUAGAGGAGGGGUUUGUCGCGUAGGUUUGCCGGCCCGGAGGAGCCAGGAAUCUUUGUCCGCUUUCCCCCCUUCCCGCUAUUUAAGCUCUUUGGACAGACCCACAAUUGGUGGGCAGUUUGAAUGGAGAAGAAUAAAAGUGUCAGGAGGGAGGGUGGUGUGAAAUAACAGGGGUAAGUUCUGGACUGUGACUGGAUGGAGGGUGAACCAUCCGCUCGGUGCCAUUUUGGUAAUGUGACUUUGUGGUGGUGUGGACCCUUCCCUGGGCUCUUUUGGAUAGGGAAGAAGUAUUUGAUGGCAUCUUCGGCGGAUUAAUUCCCGGUUGAUGGACUGGGAGAUCCCUGCCUUCCCUCACGAGAUGAUGUGUCACAUUUUUGAAUAUCUGUAGAUAGGCAGCGAAAAAUGACCAGCGAGAAUAGAUGGCAAUGGAUAUUUCGCCUUAAGGUUGCAAUGAGAAACUCAUUUUCCGGCUUCCUUUCUACUAAAUAUUAUUGUUUAGUUCCUGCAGUGAAGAUUCCAUAUCGAACAAUUCUCACACUGUCGUUGACUUGAAGACUAAUAUCAGCCUGGCUCUAGAGUAUCAACGAAGAUCGCGAAGAUUAGCUUGGUGCUAUUUGGGCAUUAUUCAGUGUGCACUUGACCUUAUACUUCUCUUGUUAUCCUGGAUUGAACCAAGGGGAAGCCACCACACAACCCUGAACAGUUUCCCUCUCUGCAUCGCCCACAAGUAGAGCUGGACAGUUGAACCCAGGCGAGACUCAAAACAGGGGGCUCAAAGAAGGGGUCCUGCCCAUGUUUCCGAUCCUUUGCGGUGGCUCCUGGUAGAGGAAAGAGUUAUGUGACUCAGGUACUUCGAUUUAUCUAGGGAAUUGCUCAACAACCCAUCACAAUUAUGAAAAUUCCAGGAUCAGGCCCCAGUCCCCAGCGGUGGUGGGCAUUGUUCAUUCAUUUCCCAGAUACGGAGUAGUUAUACCGCCAAGCUUUACCUAUAUUAGGCGGAAGCAACAAAUUGUUCAUGUUUCACGUGACUACGUUGCACCAGCCACUCCCAUUUCGGGUUAGGCGCGGCUAAACCGUGACGCGAUAGAACUCAGGAGAUUUUCCAGGCCAACUGCGACAAUUUUAUUGAUCGCCAUCGGUUUCAAAGCAGCGUUUCCCAUCUAUCUGGACUUAACGUAUCUGCUUUUUGUUUACAAACGUAUCACACCAUGCGAUUCCACAGCUGUUGAAUUUUCACCUUUCUUGAUCCUAACUCGCUACGGAAAUCUGCUCUUUUCUGGAGCGAAAUCUCGACCUCCAAGCAUCCUGAGCUAUUACUCGGCCGUCUCUAAACCACCUCCCAUUACCUGACCUUCCACAUCCUUCACAAUGCCAGCAGAGUACGCCAAAAAGACAAACGCGGAGCUCAUUGAAAUCCUCAAAUCUCGUUCUCUGCCCCACACCGGGAAGAAGGCAGACCUCAUCGCUCGACUCCAGGAAGCAGAUAAAGCAGACGCCGAAAGAGCGGCCGCCGCUGCGCCCGUGAAACCAACUGCGAUUGAGGAUGUAAUAGAUUGGGAUGACGAUGCGGCGCUUGCUGAACCUGUCGUACCUGCGAAACCGGACGCCAGCACGGCAACUGCAGCUCCAAUAAACCAGGUUCCCAAUCCCACUGCGGUACCAAACCAGAAGGUCGAUAUUGAUCCAUCCACAACUCACGAUCUCAAAGUUGUGAGAAGCGAAGACAAGGCGGAGACUGCCAGCGCGGCAGCUGGCGGAGAUAAAGCUGCUGUCGCGGUGCAAGUUAACGGCACCGAGGUGCAAGCAAGAGAGAAACCAGCAGUCGAUUACAGCAUAGGGCUAUCAGCCACCGAUCUGGAAAUUGAACUUGCCAAAAGGAAAGCUCGUGCAGAGAAGUUCGGGAUAGUGGAGGAUUCAUCAACUGCACUGGAGCAAGCGAAGAAAGCUGUUGAAAGGGCGAAACGAUUUGGGACAGUUACGGAAGACGCAUCGAUUGUCAAGGGUUUGGAUGAGGCCCUGCCGGAGCGCUCAAGGAAGCGGGAGCGUGGUGAUGAAGGUGGAAGUGGCCGUGGUGGGAAGCGCCGCGACUUCAGACGGGGCAGGAGUCACAUGGGGAGAGCGGGGGGACGUCGAGGACCUGCUCCCCGACAAAGCAAUGGUGGAAACGGCAAUUCCUGGAGCGAGCAAGAUCGUAUCGCGUUGGAAAGGAGGAAAAACCGAUUCGGUUAGGGUAUAGGUGACAGGCUUCUAAAUCGGCUUUCUCGGUCUUCUUUUCUCGAAUAUGUGUUUCUAUCGUUCACGGGUUAUUUUCCUUUUUCAGAUUCAGUUGUCUAACUUUUUCUGAUUUGUUGUAUCUUUUGUGAUCAGUGACUUGGGAGUUUGCUGGCCUGGGAUUUCCUCUGCUAUUACUUUGUUGUUAAUUGUUGCAUUGUAAGUCAAAGAGGAAUAUAUUUUCUCUGUUGUACCCUGCCUUAUUUUCAUUUAUAUUUCUUUGUUCCUGUCCCUGGCAGUGAUUUGUGCUGUUAAAUACAUAUGCUAUCUGGCCAGGCUUAAUUGUGCUUGUUGCUAGACUAUUGACAGAAGCCAGUUGGGAAACCUGACAAAAGGAAAGCUAGGCACUCUAUAGCCUAUGUAUGUACCUAGGUAUGUUCACCAAUACUUAGAAAGGAAACAUAUGUUACAUUCUUGCACAGGCCCCAUAAUAUCAACGGAGGAUACGAUUGUUCUGUCUUGAAAGUUUUUAUCACAUAUAUGACAUACUUAUAACUAGAGGGCUUAAUUUACUCUUAAUCAAAAGCGUCCCUUGAAAAACACAAUGAUUGACAGUCACAGACUCAGUUAGCAUCUCACUUUCUUAAUCUCUGUUCCUGUCAUGCAAGCUUUCUAUUAUUAGUUUGUGUGUUGUGGAAGAAAGGGUUUAGAGUCAAGAGCUCUCGAUUAAAAUAUCUACUAAAACUAAUAGUCCGUACGGAGUACAUGGAAGGAAGUCAGCCUUGUAGCCCUUGUGUGGGAGAUAAAAAUACAAAUCAGCCUAUGGAUCUGGCGUUAUGGACUUCGUAAGACCUUAAUAAUUAGACAGCAUGAAGUUGGUUCUUUUUAACCAGUGGAUUCUCACCAAUAUUUAGUUACUCUGUCAAGCGUGUGGAUCGACCCAGCAUACGCGCCCAGCGGACGAGUUUGGAUUAGUGACUCGAGGGGAUUAAUUCUUAGCGUGGUUUGCUGUGGAAUCGUGAUAGGAAGAAUAGAGAAAAUCACGGGGGCUUGCCGUCC